UCCUUUAUUUCUUCCCCCUCCUUCCCCUCCAUUUACAAAGUGAAGAAGAAGAAGAUAAGGUAAUCAGAAACAAAACCCACUUCUCUCUCUCUCUCUAGGGGUGCUGGUGGUGAUCUUUCUUGUUCUGCCUCUGCUUCCUUAAAUUGCAUCUUCCCCUUUUUACUAUCUUUUCUCUCCUUGCGUUCAUCCCAAAAAAAAACUUUAAAAGGAUCCUUCUUCACUUCUCUCUUUUACUAUUUAGCUUUUUCCAUCCCUGCUGCUUUCCUUUUCUUCUUCUCACUUUCUCUCUAGCUCUAGUCAAUAAACACUAGUGAGUCUCUCCUCUCUGCAAUUUAUUUUCUUCAAAACCUGGCUAGAGUCUCCCCCACCCUAGCAUUUUCCAUUAAAAAAACAGACUACAGAGAUAGAGAGCAUUCACUGUUCACUAUACCUCUCUUUCUCUCUCUCUAAAAAUAUAUAAUUUUCAUUCAUUCAUUCACACAACCAUGCAGCAUAUAAUCAUAGGGUACUCAUGAUAUAAUCACAACACCACCUUCCUCCCCUUUUUUGGCUCUCAUCCACAUUUUUCACCUCAUUCCUUCAUUCAUUCACUCACUCACUCACUCACCUUUCUCUCCCUCUCUCUCUUUUAAUUUUAUUUUACUCUAUCUCUCUGAUUAAGUAAUUAAUUAAUCAUUUCUCUCUUUCCCUUUAAAGUUUGUCUAUAUAAAUCCCUUUUAACUCCAUCUAGUAGAUCUGUGGAUGAGUUCUUGAACUUAUUGGGUUUCCACCAGUUUUGUGUUUUUAUUGUCAUUCUCAACAACUCAUCAUCAUCAUCAUCAGUAGAAGCAUAAGCAUAAGCAAUGGGAACUACAUCAGCUUUUCCGGAUCUCUCUCUUAAUAUAUGUCCACCUUCAGUUUCAUCAGACUGGUUUAAAGCUUAUAAGGAAAUGGGUUUCGACGGAUCAAUGAAAACACCACUCUUUAACGCCGGUGGAGAUAAUAGAAGCUCAGUCACAACAGAUUCCUCUGGAAGCAGUACUACUGGAAGUGAUAUAAGCCAUGAACAAACAGGAGCUGCUUCUUUCCAGUAUUUAGAAAGAACUGCUUUUGAUCAUCAUCUGCGUAAUCUUUAUAACAUUGAUGAACCCACUUUAACUCUGGGUUUAGAUCCUACUCUUACAUCUUUACAGCAAUUACCACACAUCAAUAACCAGCUGAUGAACCAACACUACCAACACCAACACCACCACCAUCUACACCAACAUCAUCAGCCUCAGAUUUAUGGACGUGAUUUCAAGAGAAAUUCAAGAAUGAUUAAUGGUAGCAAGAGAAGCAUUAGAGCUCCAAGGAUGAGAUGGACUACUACUCUUCAUGCCCAUUUCGUUCACGCGGUCGAGCUUCUCGGUGGACAUGAGAGGGCAAUACCUAAAUCAGUUCUGGAGCUGAUGAAUGUGAAGGAUCUUACAUUAGCUCAUGUGAAAAGCCACUUACAAAUGUAUAGAACUGUGAAGAGCACUGACAAAGGAACAGGCCAAGAGGAGACAGAAAUGGGAUUAAAUCAGAGGAUGGGGAUUGCUGCUGAUGUAGAUGAAUCUGGUAGUAGUAGUGGUGGAUUAUCUUGUGAGAAACCAUGCUUCAACUCUACUGAUCAUCCUAAAUCCUACUCACCAAGACUUGAACGCCGGGGAUCAUGGUCAUCCAUGGAUAGAAAUGUUUCGAGUCCAUCAGCUCAUGAAGACUUUGAUACAACUACAACCGGACGUCCACUGAUGAGAUCUACCAGUGAUUUACUAUUACCAAAUGAGUCAAGAACCAAGGUGGAUGAAUACGAGUCGAUGACAAAUCUCCAUUUGUCACAAAACGAGAGGGUGAAAUUAUUUUUGAACAAUUCCAGUCUGGGAUCUUCACAAAACCAGAGUGCUAGAUUGGCAAUGCCAAACCUGGAGUUUACCCUUGGAAGACAAAGUUGGCAGUCAAUGGGUGAUCAUCAUCAUCAUUACGCUCGUGAUCAAGUAGUUCAAGUCCCCAACUCAAAUCACCAUCAUCGUGAUCAACUAAUCACCCUCCUUAAAUGUUAAUUAGUUAGUUAAUUAAUAGUAUAUUUUUGGUUAGUCAUCAACAAAUGUCUUCAAAAACUUGAUGAGAUAUAUAUGCUUGUAAGUUGAUGCCUCCUUGUUGUUCUUUUAGAUUCAGAGAAAGGAAACAAAAAAAGGAUGAAAAGAAUGGUACAAUUAAUAUGAAAAUAUUCUG